GGACCCGUGCAGGGCGGGGGAUGGACGCUGCAGGCCUCACCCUGAAGCUGCUUCUGGUCGGAGACAGCGCCGUGGGGAAGUCCAGCCUCUUGCUGAGGUUCACUGACGGUGCGUUUGAGCCGUGCCUGAAACCCACCAUUGGUGUUGACUUUAAAGUGAAGAAAAUGGUGGUAGACGGCCAUGCGCUACAGCUUGCAAUAUGGGACACAGCAGGACAGGAGCGCUUUAGAACGCUGACUCCCAGUUAUUACCGAGGAGCUCAAGGGGUUGUUUUAGUGUACGAUGUUACAAGAAAAGACACUUUCGCAGGACUAGAGAGCUGGCUGAAUGAGCUGGAAAUGUAUACCACCAAAAGCAACACUGUGAAGAUGUUAGUUGGCAAUAAAACUGAUAAGCCUGAUCGUGAAGUAGAGAGAAGAGAAGGACUUCAGUUUGCUAGGAAGCGCUCACUGCUUUUUAUAGAGACCAGUGCCAAGACGCAGGAUGGAGUGCAACAUGCCUUUGAGGAGCUAGUCAUAAAGAUCCUGCAGACACCAGGUCUUUGGGAUAAAAGCACAGAGAAGCAGGGAGUCCAGCUAAUGGAAUCUUCAGCACAGCAAGAUAAAAGUCUAUGUGGUGCAUACUGUCCACUUUCUUAAAUCUACAGGUGGCUGUUCUGUCUGAAUGGAGUGGACUUAAAAAAAAAAAAGGGGGGGGGGGGGGAUUCCAAGUACUAGUCUGUGCCUUGUUUGACCUGCCACCAGUUGUGUAGAUCCAAAAACCAAACUGAUCAGCAAAAUACGUUUUUGUUCAUUAACAAAAUACAAUUUCUCCUUCCCUUAUGCACAGCUGAUAUCUCCAGAUAUUUUUCUGUCAGAUUUUUCACUAUUAAAUCAUAGUGCUUCUUAGAGUAUUGUGCUUUUGCUGUAUGGCAUUCAACAUGGACUUUUUCUGAAAUUCCUGCCUUAGCAUAAAAUAAGGUAGUACUCCAUUUUGGAAUAUUAUUGAAAAGCUUCUCUUAUAUAAUUAUAAUAUUAUGCAACGGAAGGGCUCCUGUAGAAGGAGUGCUUGAUAAACAUUUCCGCUUCAGAAGGGGCCAUCUAUAACAGAGGGAGCUAAACUAGCACCUACUAGAUGGUGGUACCUUCCUACCUCAUCUCCUGUAGUUAAAUGCCUUUUGAGAGUUCUGUUCUGCUGUUAUUUUUAGAAUUCAACUGCAUUCUCAUCCUCAAGCUCCCUGUAGCCCCAUCUGCUAUGGUGUCCUUACAGAGUUCUGCCUUCAGUCCAUUCUGUAUACAAAAUUUGUUUCGUACACACAUGCACACCCCCUGCAACAAACACUCAGUGAACCACUUUUUGGAGAUUUUAACCCUUUUCAUUGUGUAUAAAAUGUGUCUACUGAAAUGC